CAACCCACACUCACAAUCUUUCCCACACAGUAUUCACACAAACCAUCUACAAUCACUCUACAUUUAAAAAAAAAAGGUCAAUCAGAAGGGAUAGUCCAUCAUGACGGCCUUCUAAGCUUCUUCGCUUUUUGCCUUCUCUCUUUUCCAAGGAAAGAGACAACACCGUAACCAUACUCUCCUCAACCACUCCGGUCUACCCCCAGUUUCACACUUCUUCAGAGCUUCCUCGUGAAGGACCUCUGAACUUAGGCAACGCUCUGCGCAGCUCGAGUUCCCAGACUCCAACUCCAACCAUCACGUUCGACUUUACGUCGUUCACCACGGAUAACCAACAGUCAACAUGGCCUCAACCCCCAUCAUCCCAGCAGCCUCCGGCUCCCUCGAAUCCCCUGCACGUUCCUCACAACGACUUCGUGCUCUUCCCCGCGCCGUCUCGCAUACGCGACUGGAACUCUCCCCAAGCGAAUCCCCCUAGACCUGCCGUCCCGCUGAACCCUGCUUCGGCACGCAAUUUUCGUCGUCACUCUUUCCUCGCCCAGCAACAUCAGCACGAGCUGCAGGCUCGUUCGUCCAGCUCGCCCGUUGCUCAAGACCCGAGAGUGGCAAGCAUCAUCGGUCAGUCCCAGGGGCUCUGUGUCCCGUCAACUUGGUCUCCUCCUCGUCCACGCGUGAAUAUCUCGCCUCAGCAGCGCCGAAACGCUCUGUUGCUGGCCCGCGGCGCUUCACCGCAUUCCGUUCGUCCUCCAGUUCCCCUCUUUCCCGGUACGGGAAGCAGUACACCACAGCAUCCACAGACACAACAUCAUCGUCGAGCGAUGUCUACGUCUAAUCUCCCGCUCGAUAUCGGAACCCUCCUGGAUCUCUCGACGGACCAGUUCGUCGAGGACCUGGGCUCUUCUUCCCACAGUUCCUUGUUAGAUCAAGAUCAGCUCGAUCAGCUUAUCAACUUCAAUUCUGUCGCAGAACAGAUGCCCGCCCAGACCGUGUCUCCAAAGGACUUGAUGAUGGACUCGUCCGCCCCACCGUCAACCUCCUUCACCGACAUGAGCACUCCCUCGUUUGAGUCCCCCGGUUACUUCAGCCAUGAUACCUCGCCGCUCAUUGCUACUGAUUCGGACCUUGGCCCCGGCCAUGAAGAGUGGGAGUCGUUGUUCCCGGUUGAAUCCGCGAUGCUUCCAAAGUUCGAUGAGAAGGUGCCUCUCUGCUCACCAAAAGCACCAAGCGCGCUCAUCACACCUAUGACCCGCACUGCAUCCUCUCCCGGAGCAUCUCCCCGCAACAGCCGGUCUUCAACUCGCCCUUCCUCCAUCUCUGGAGUCAAGCCACGCAAUCGAGACAAGCCUCUUCCGCCAAUCGUUUAUGAUACCAGCGAUCCUGUUGCCGCCAAGCGUGCAAGGAACACUGAAGCUGCUCGCAAAUCUCGCGCCCGUAAGGUCGAACUCCAGGAGCAAAUGGAGCGUCGCAUCGCUGAAUUGGAGAAGGCCUUGGAGGAUAGCCGUCAACGCGAGGCGUACUGGAAGUCUCUCGCGGAGACUCAACAGUAAAAAUGGUCUUGCUCUCUGCUGUGAUUCUUUUUUUUGCGACUUGGAUUGAUCUUGUACUGUUUUGUUUAUGUGAUACUGUGUGGGCCUGUGAUGAUGGGCGGUUCGAGCCAUGCCUUGAUCGUCCAACCGCAUCGACGAUGAUCCGUUGUUUGAACGGUAGUCAUGCGCGAUCGUUAUAAAAGUUGGUUUUUCGGAGGAUUUUUCUGGUGUCAUUAUUAUCUCCGUCCUCUCGUGUUCAAGAAACUUAUUGUGUGUGUUUUUCUUCGGCAUGCACUCCUGUGCCGCUGUGCGUUCCAUCUUCAUUUGCUCCGUCUGUUCCAUUUUUAUAUUUCGGCCGGUUCUGACGUCUCCUCGACCCUGUUUGGCAGGAUUGACUCGUGGCCUUAAUGUGACAUGUUCCUCCUACCACUUUUCACAAUAACAAUAUUUACCAAUCUAUUUAUUGUGUGUUUGAGAUGC